GGGGCAUUCGGCUCGGGAUAAGGAAACCAUCCCGAACUUCGGUUGGGUGUUUGACAACCAACAAAGAAGACCGAAGCACGUCAGUCAUUCUGCCGUGGGAGUUGGGUGUGUAGUUGGUCAACCUCUUAAAGAAGUAGGGGUAAUGGCCCAGGCUUUGCCACUCCCGAGGUCAUCCUUCCAGGUUGAUGAUUCUUGCUUUUACCAUCGGUUGGAUUCUUCGCGUCUUGCUUCUGGCUUUCUCUGCUCGUGGUCGUUGCUGCAACACAGGCAGUUUGAUUGUAUCACUUGUGGAGCUGCAUGCAGGCUGUACCUUUGGUUGAUAACGUACCUCUGCAGGAAGAAUGAGCGUCGGCCACCGGGAUGGAUCACCGCCGCCAUCCUCAUCUCCAUGCUCUUCCAGAGCCCCGAUUUCGAACUAUUACCCGAUAGGACAUGACCUGAAGCACCCUGAUGACAGAUACCGCCUUGAACAUGAUCGGAGCUCUUUCGAAAGUCAAGGGGUGCUUUCGCCGUUGCUUCUUGGCUCUCCACACGCCACCGCGCUUCGCAGCAACAGCAUUGAGAUGCAAGAUUCGGGGAUAUCAAGUCUUGAAAACGAAAGAGAGGCGCAACGUAUCAACCGAAAGAUGGAUUUGUACCUGCUCCCCCUCCUAUCGCUGCUGUAUCUGUUCAACGGCCUCGACAGGGGGAAUAUUGGCAAUGCGCAAACCCAAGGCUUCACGCAUGACAUCGGUGCCCUGCCGGAUGAUCUCAACCUUGCAGUGUCGCUCUUUUUCGUCACCUUUGUCCUGUUCCAGAUGCCCUCGGCCGCAGUGGGACAAUGGCUGGGGCCGAGCACGUGGCUGCCCAUCAUGAUGCUCUGUUGGGGCCUCAUAACCACGAUUCAGGCAUUUAUCUGGGGAAAAGCGGCUCUGAUAACGACUCGUCUCCUCAUCGGUGUCUUUGAAGCUGGCUUUUACCCCACAUGCAUCGUUUAUCUUGGCUCUUUCUAUUCCCGGUUCGACCUGGCCACGCGGAUUGGACUGUUUUAUGGACAGUAUGCCAUUGCAUCUGCCUUCUCGGGGGCCCUGUCAUAUGCCAUCUUUCAGGUCUCCCAUGCCUGGCUCAAGCCAUGGCAGCUUCUCUUCAUCAUCGAGGGGGUUCUCACCUCUGUGCUGGGAGCGGUAGCAUGGUUGUGGCUACCGACAGGACCUAGAGGCGCGUGGUUCCUGAGCCACAGCGAAAGGCAGUUUGUGGUGGACCGAGUCGGUGGCGUGGAACUCAAUGCUGCCAAAUACUCCAGCCUUACCCGGCGGGAUCUGGUCGAGACGCUGAGGGAUUGGAAGCUGUGGUUUGUGCUGGUGUUCAACAUCUGCGCCAGCGUGCCCGUCACGGCUUUCUCCGUCUUCCUCCCGCUGGUUGUGCAGGGUAUGGGGUACGAAUCGGUCGAGGCAAACUUGAUGUCGGUGCCGCCAGCGGUGUGCGGGGCGGUCGGGCUCUACCUGUUCGCAUCCAGCUCGGAUCGGCACAGGGAGCGGGGAUGGCACAUUGUCGGAGCACUGGUGGUGGCGCUGGGGGGACUCGUCGGGGUGGUCGGAUCGGUCAGCAACGCAGCCAAGUAUGCGUCGCUGUGCGUGUUUCUUUUUGGCAGCUACGUGCCGCCCCCGCUCACCGUGGCCUGGCUCAGCGGCAACACGCCGACGGCUGGGAAGAGGGCGCUGGUGGUGGGCGCGAAUGGGCUGGGAAACCUGGCGGGCGCCAUCGGGUCGCAGCUCUACCGAGCCGAGUAUGCACCCGGGUACAAACUGCCGCUGGUGGUGACGUUGGGAUUCGUCGGUGUUGCCCUCACCGGUUAUGUAGCGUAUCGUUACACACUGCGGGCGGUGAACGCGCGCAGGGCGGCCAUCAGGAAAUCGAAAAGCGCCGAGCAGAUAGAGGCCGAGCGUGUCGACUCUGUCAGACAUGCAGACCGCAAAUGGGUGUUUGUAUACGACCUGUAAGGUAACUGGAAGACCUGUACAGUCAGUACAUACAACACAGGUGGUGGUAGGUAGCAGAAUUGAACACGCUC